AUGGAAUCGAAAUUUAUAUCAUCAAACUCUACUUUCAUGGAAGUUGCAAUGAUAGCGGGUUAUGGAAAAUCAUCGUUUGUCUCACAUAUACUUUGUGCAAAAGAAAGGGAGAAGAGUUAUGAGAUUAAAUCACAUGUUGUUGGAUUUCAUAUUUGUAAGUUUGAUGUAAAAAGUACACAAAGUCCUGCUAGAUUUAUUCGAAGGUUAAUUGGUUUUUUAGCAACAAGAAAUGAGGAAUACGGAAACAUAAUUUCCACAAUGGCUGAUCAUAACAUUAUAUACAGUCAAGAGUUUUGUGAGAAUGAUCCAGUGGCCUGUUUUGACCAAAGUAUUAUUUUCCCAUUUAGACAGCUAUCUUUUGAUAGUAACUUUCCAUGGAUAUUUAUCAUAGAGGCAAUCGACGAAUGUUAUGAAAAAUCAUCUGGCAAAAACCUGAUUUUGGAGUUAUUAAUUAAACGUGUAAGGGAACUACCAGAAUGGUUCAAAGUUUUUGUUACGUCAAGAAACAUCACUGAAUUAUACUUUUUAAAAAAUUUGGAACACUUUUAUUUAAAGCCAAGCGACUCAAGGAAUAUCAAAGAUGUCAAAGAGUAUAUACAAGUCAAGUACUCGUCACAUGGCUUUGAAAACAAUGACAGGGAAAUAGAAAAAAUCAUUGAACUUUGUGAUGGAAAUUUCUUAUUUCUAAUUCAUGCAAUUAGAUUUCGUUUAGAAAAUAAUAACAUUACAUCCUUACCUGACUCAUUGGAAGAAAUUUAUGAAUUAAACUUUGAUCGGCAAUAUGACGAUACUGAUUCGUUUUUACCAUCAAAGGCAGUAUUAGAAAUUGUUUUGGCAUCCUUCAACCUUUUAAGAGAAAAAGACAUUUUUCAUAUUUUGGUAUCAAAUAACAUUACUGACAAAGUACAAUUCGGUAUCCAGAUGGAGAAGUUGUCAUUCUUUCUCCGGAAUGAUAAUUUUGUUACAAUAUUUCACCAAUCAUUAUACCAAUGGUUGAUAAAUUCUGGAAAUAAAAAGUACUCAAUUUCUUUAAAAGCCGGACAUGCAUAUAUUUCAUGCUUUUUAUUAAAUGAAAUAUCUAACAAACGAGAAGUUGACAUAGCAGAUUUAUCAAUACACGUGAGUGAAGCUUUAAAUGAUACGUUAAAUCAAAAGUUUCUUGCAUUGGAUAUGGACAACCUUAAUCAAACCUAUGUAAACGAAGCGUUACAUAAUGUAAUAAGGAAGACAGAAGGUAUAAAUGCACUUGCUUUAUUGAUAAAGCACAAUCUGGACGUAAAUACACUACACGAGGGACAAUCCCCAUCCUUUAUAGCAGCUUUAAAAGGAGAUAUUGAUCAGCUUUUGCUUCUUCUAAACAAUGGAGCCAACGUUAGCUUUGUUACAGAAAGUAAUUAUGCUGUAGAUUCCUAUGAUAUAUUAAACAAAAUAAAGGCUAUAAAACAAUCUCGUUACUAUGGAUACGGCCUUAUACAUAUAGCUGCUAAACAUGGAUAUGAGAAUAUAGUCAGUAAACUUUUAGAAUACAACAAAGAUAUGAUCUAUUGGAAAACAUCCCUUGGACAGCGUCCAAGUGAUAUUGCGUGUGAAAUGGGGAACUUAAAUGUUUUACAGACAUUUUCCAAUUUGGACAAUGAUAUGCUAUCCGACUGUAUUUACUAUGCUGCUCGAUCCGGAAAUGAAAAUAUCAUUCUGUCUUUGAUUGAACGAAAAUUAACCCUUAGUUGUAUAUCUGAUGAACAGUCUAGAGAUGCAUUUAAAGAGAUGGAAGUAAAAAAUCCUAAAAACGUUGAAAUAAAAGAUGAUUUUACUAUACGCAUGAAUCCUCCCAGUCAUAUCAUAUACCCUCUUGAUAAAUGGUGGAUAGUAAUGAAGGAAACGCCAAUUCACGCCGCAAUUUGGUCAGGUUCAACAGAGGUAGCAAAACUUUUAAUAAAAAUUUUUCCCGGAUUACUUGAUUGCACAGAUUUAUUUGGUUAUACGGUAACAUUGCGGACUGUAUUUCGAAAUAAAUUUGAUUUGUUGCCUUUACUUACAGAUCAUAUUUCAUCUGACAGAUGCGAUCCGUAUUAUUGUGACACAAUCCACUUUAGGGAUGAUUUAUUGACAGGUUUAUAUCAUAUGGUUGAUGGUCCUCCAUCCAUAAACUACACAUCAUUAUAUGUUGAACAGUGUUUUUGUGAGAAUGGUUCUUCAUUUUUGCAUCUUUCUAUAAAACAUAAGCGGCACGAAUUUAUGAAGUAUGCAAUAGAAGAAAACAUUAUUACUGAUUUGAAUUCAGCUAACGAAGAAGGAAUUUAUCCAAUUCACUUUGCUGCAAGAGAUGCAAAUACUUAUUUCAUUGACUAUGCAAUAAAAGAUUUAAGACUUGAUAUAAGCAGUAUCAAAUGUAAAAAUGGUUCUACUGCAUAUCAUAUCGCUGCGAUAACACCAUCAAUACAAAGUUUAUUUCGAUUGACAAAUGGAUUUACGGUAGUAAUUCCAGAUAUAAAGGAUAUAAAUGAAAGAGGAUUUUUGCAUCAUACGUGUUUAUUCGAUCAAAAUUCGCAGUAUUAUAUUUGA